AUGUUCUGGAGGGACCGUGAGAGGGAGAACAAAGAGCAAAACGGUGGUGGACCGCCUUGUGGGCAGGUUCGAGUGCUUGUUGUUGGCGACUCAGGUGUUGGAAAAAGUUCUCUUGUUCAUCUGAUUGUCAACAGUUCUUCCAUCGCUCGUCCUCCUCAGACAGUAGGGUGUACAGUUGGUGUAAAGCAUACUACUUAUGGAAACUCUGGUAGCUCGUCAAGCAGCAUUAAAGGUGACGCUGAGAGAGAUUUCUUUAUUGAACUCUGGGAUGUGUCUGGACAUGAUAGAUACAAAGAAUGCCGGUCUCUUUUUUAUUCCCAAAUUAAUGGUGUAAUCUUUGUUCAUGAUCUCUCCCAAAGAAGGACAAAAACUGGCUUACAGAGGUGGGCAGCUGAGAUUUCUGCGACUGGGACAUUUUCAGCUCCUCUAGGAUCUGGAGGUCCCGGUGGCCUUCCUGUCCCCUAUAUUGUUAUAGGUAACAAAGCUGAUAUUGCUGCAAAAGAGGGUGCAAGGGGAAGCAGUGGCAAUCUUGUUGACGUAGCUCGACAGUGGGUUGAGAAACAAGGUUUGCUUCCAUCCAGUGAGGAACUUCCACUGACUGAGAGUUUUCCUAGUGCUGGAGGCCUUAUUGCGGCUGCCAAAGAAGCAAGAUAUGACAAGGAAGCUGUGAUGAAAUUUUUCCGUAUGUUGAUCAGAAGAAGAUAUUUUUCUGAUGAUGUACCUGCACAAAAUCCAUGGUCUGGUUCUGCAGUUCAAAAACCUGCACAGACUGUAGAUGAAAAUUGGAGUGACGAGGAUCAUUCCUACAGGAAUUCCAGCUUGCGUGGUGACCCUUACAAGUACAACAUGCUCCCUCCUCUUCCAGCGCAACGCAAUCUGACCCCACCUCCCACGCUUUAUCCUCAGCAACCAGUUUCGGUUUCAGAAAACUACAGCCUUCCUAGAUUUUCCCAUACUAGUUACCCAGAAAUCAGCAGUACAGGCAGAUCAAAGCGCUCAGAUAUUAAUGUCUAA